AUGCGUUUGUUGUAUUGUAUUGGCGAGUUAGAAAGACACGGUUUUAAAAAUAGAUUCAAACUUGACUAUCCUAAGACGAUACUCGGCUCGAUCGGAACGGAGGAUAACCCUUUUGACCGCCCAGCUCCUCGAGUACCCCCUUUGGCAAUGGCACCAAGAGCCGUCCAAUUCCAAGAGAACCCUCUCUGGGAUACCGAGCAGUCAUCCAACCUUAAACGAAAUCAAAUUAAAUUUAAAUCCGCUAUUCCUGAUAUCCUUUAG